GUGAGGGCGUGAACAGGGAGGAAGAGGAGAAGGGGGGUGAAGAGAUGGUGAGGGAGUGAGACUGUCAUGGUUCCUGGCCCCCACCAGGGAUGGGUCAGGCGCCCAACGUCCUGCUCAACUGUGGCAAGCAGCAGCAGCAGCAGCAGCAGCAGCAGCAGCAGCAGCAGCAGCAGCAGCAGCAGCAAGAGGAGGCCAGCAUACGCCACCACCUCCACCUCCACCAUCCCCCCCACCAGGUGCAGCACCACGACGAUGGUCACGGGCGUCGUAGGAGGUGGCAGCACUGGCGACAGGAGGCGUGGCACCCCCGCCCACUAGCCGCCCACGCCGCCCACUCGCCCGACUCUACCACCCUCUGCUGUGCUGGUUGGGGUAACCACAGCGAUGAGGUCAAGAACAGCCAAGGGGGAGGGUCCGGAGACGGUAGCAGUGGGGAUCCCGCAGUGCCAGGAGCCAUGCCUAUUGGUGGAGACCUGACGAUGGGCGGGCGGAGGCGGGGCACCUCACCAGCCUCUCCUCAACUACGACCCAGAGUGCGCGCGCAUGGAGGCGUGGCUGGACGAGCACCAAGAUUUUGUACACGAUUACUUCAUCAGGAAGGCCUCCGACACAUGGUAGACGCCUGGUUGGUCUCACCGCCUCCCACAGAACAGUGGCCUGGGCGCAGGUGCUGGGGGCAGCAGCAGUAUGGGGGGUCACGGGCAGAGUUGGGUGCCAAUUCAGCCGCCUAUUUCGGCCAGCCACCUGGAUCUAGGGCCUCCUCAGUUUGUGUACAUGUUGUCAGUCAGUCUAAAGGAAAUAUAGAACACCACUGGAACACAAUCUAG